AUGUCAUCUUCAUUUGUCUCUUCUGUGCUCUCCUCAUCACCAUCCUCGGAUCUUCCUCGAUGUAAGAUCCCUGGAAAUCACGGUCUGCCCUUCUUUGGAGCCAUUAAAGAUCGGUGGGACUUUUUUUACCUCCAAGGACGAGACCAAUUUUUCAGGUCUCGCAUGGAGAAUUACAAGUCCACAGUUUUUCGAACAAACAUGCCUCCUGGUCCUUGGAUAUCCCCUGAUCCAUGCGUUAUUGUUCUUCUGGAUGCCAAAAGCUUUUUAGUUCUCUUUGAUAGUUCCAAGGUUGAAAAACGUAAUCUUUUUACUGGAACUUACAUGUCGUCCACCUCCUACACUGGGGGUUAUCGUGUAUGCUCCUAUUUGGACCCAAGUGAGCCCGAGCAUGGGUCUCUUAAGGCCCUGCUGCUCUCUUUCCUUGCCUCUAAGCAUGAGGAGUUCAUCCCUCUCUUUCAGAGCUGUAUGAAAGGCCUGUUCUCUGGUCUUGAGGAUCAGCUGAGAGACACAGGCCGGGCCGGAUGUUUUGUGAUGGCAAGAGCCCUUCAGACACCAAAUUAA